AGGAGGGGUGCGGACUGCUACCGGACAGGACUGUGCGGAAAGCAGAAACUGGAGGCUUGAAAUCUUCCUCCUUGGCUGGGCGGAGGGAGGAGGUGGUAGACGGUGUUUUUAGGGAGGCUAACACUGAGAUUGGAGACCUGGAGCUCCGUCUGACAGCAUCAACAUGGAGCUGGAAAACAUCGUGGCCAACACGGUGCUGCUGAAGGCACGAGAAGGAGGCGGCGGGAACAGAAAAGGAAAAAGCAAGAAAUGGAAGCAGCUGCUUCAGUUUCCCCACAUAAGUUUGUGUGAAGAACUGCGACAAAUCACAGAAAAGGACUACGGCAGCCUCUGUGAGCGGCAGCCUAUCGGACGCUUUUUGUUCCGGCUGUUCUGCGAGACCCGACCUGAACUGAAGCGCUGCGUCAAGUUCCUGGAUGCUGUGGCGGAGUACGAGGUGACUCCAGAUGAGAAGAGGAAGGAGUCCGGCCUGGAACUAGUCGACAAAUACUUCAACCCAAAGUCGGAGGACCACGUGCCUGAGGUGGAAGACGCCAUGAUGGCUCAGUGCAACGAGAGGCUGCAACAGGAGGCCUGCAAAGAGCUCUUCAAGGACUGUACCAAAUUGAUCCACGACUACCUGAGCGUGGCUCCCUUCGCUGACUACCUCGACAGCAUGUACUACAACAGGUUCCUCCAGUGGAAAUGGCUUGAGAGGUAAAGUUACGAAAAAUGCAUU